AUGCACGAGGCCAUCAAUGCUGGCACGUGGUACCGAGGAGAGCCCGAGCCACUCGGCCAGCGCGAAGCAGGCUUUGCUGCGAGACCACCGCCUCACUGCGGCCAACGCCUGGCAUGCAAGGAUGCCGGCCGGGGAGCGCGGCUCCUGUCCUAUGCCCACCUGCAGCCAAAGGCCCCCUCGGCUGCUGUGGCUUGCGACGCGGCGGCGCUGCAAGUAGCUGUUGUAGGAUGCACUGCCCAGGCCAAAGCCCUGGCCGAAUCUGUAAAAACCGCCUGCGACAGCAGCAGCUACUCUGAUCGCCGAGUCAGCGCGCAUCCCGAGCCUUGCGCCGCCAAAGCUUUGCUCUAA